UGUCAGCUGGCUUACAUUAGUGUUGCCAAUCACACACACCACACACACAGCAGUCUCAUUAACAUUUCCUUCAAAAAAACCCAAGAAGAUGAAAAAUUCCUCGAAUUUCCUUGACUUGUUGAACCAACCCGAUCUGCUGAAGUGCCCCUCGGGCAGUGCCGUCAUUAACUUUUUGGUCAAGCCAAUAAGCAUUGAGAUGGCCACCGCCGAUCAGCUAAUCAUUGGAGCCAGGCGCCAGCGAAUGAUGGAGCUGUUCGAGAAGGAUCGCGCCUGGGAGGCAGCCGAGCUGUCCCGCUUUGGCUUGAGCUGCAUCAAGGCCCCGGACUGUUAUCCCUGCUGCACGCGCUACGAGUGCUCAAAGGCGAAGCUGUAGCAACUCAAGAAGGGUUUUGAAUUCUGGAUUCUUAAAUUUAUUCGUCUAUAUGAUAAUGAAUUUUGAAGGUGGAAAUAGCUUUGGAUAAAAUUAAAACUAUUGUGAUUUGAA